AUGCGCUCCACCAGCGAGUUCGCCAUAUCUCUCUGUGCUGCAUAUGGAGUGAGCCUCAAUCUGCCAGACACUCCUAAUAGCGUGGUCUCUGCCGAAGUGGUGACUCAAACUAGUACCAAAGUCGCGACGAGUUCAGCAUUAUCGGUCAUGACUAGUAUACAAACAGAACCGACACUCACAAGCUCUGCUGUUGCCACGGAUGUGAACAGUAGCACAACAGCGAGUGGCCCUGCUCAGUACACGGGAGCUGGCAAAAAGGUCGACAGUGCUCCUCUAUUCUCCUUAAUGGGCGUUGCUGCACUUGGUCUGGCUGCCGUCUUGUAA